GUCGGACACCGAACAAACAGCAACCGAACGCAGGCCGACACAACAAGCAACGCACCCUUGUACCUUUUGCGGACUGUAUCUCACAUCCAAUCAAAAUCCAAUCAGCGACAGCGCAACGGUGGGGUGGGUGCUAUCUAUUCCGCGGAACCCCUCAGCUCGCGCAGGGCUGUCGUGGACAUCUUGCUUGUUGCGUGUGUUGCUUGUGACGCUGUUGCACGCCAUACAGCCCUGUCCAACGUCCUUGAGCAAGAGAGGACGGGAGAAGUCUCUUCAGAGAUGAGCGUUUUGUGCCGAACCACACUGCUUGGAGCUGCUCACCGUACCGCAAGGAAUUGUGUACGGCAGAGAAUUGAGUUGGCACUUGUUGAGAACCUUGGGCAACAGCAACAACAACAUCAACAGCGCCGGAGCAUGGCGAGCAACCGCAGCGAACGCUUGACCGUGCACCAGAAGAAAAAAAUGUCCAGAGCGCUGGUUCGGGCGCGUCGGUUGCGAAACGCCUCCAUGGCGACGGUGCUCGGCGAGGAGGAGUGGAGCGGGUACGAGGCGACGAUGCGGCAAGGGCUCAGAGAGCUAGAUGACACCACCGAAGCUAAGCGGCGCGGGACGUACGCGAGCAAACCUCUGGUGUCGGCUGCCCCGCAAGCCGACGAGAACGACGAUGGCAGACUGUUGUCGGAGCGGGACGCGUGGGCGGAGAGAAUGGAGGGUGUAUGGAACGACAUCUUGCAAGCCGAUGCGAAAGGCACCAGGCCACGCAUAACGCUUCCCGGCUUUCCCAUACACGUGGUGAUGGUCAAAAUCGCCAGGGACUACGGUCACCACAAGAUUUUCUGGGAGCUGUCGGAUGUGGAUGCACGUCCGCCAAAGUCUGUCCUGCGCCAGCUAUACGAGGCUCGAAAGCAAGGGUUCAACGCCCGUGCGGUGGUGGUGAAGAGCACGGCGGAGAGGCUACGGAAAUACGAGGGGUACCUCCGAGCAAACCUGGCGAGAAGGGUGCCGAUGAGACGAGUGCCUGAAGUGCGAUGGCAACACGUCUCCGAGAUGCCCAUGUCGCUCCAGAUCGAGUUAUGAACGAGACCCUUCUGGCCGCAGGGACCCCGCUCUUUGCACCAUGCAUCGUAACGCACAGGAGUAUUGCAUACGGACAGCUUUCUUGGCUUGGGCGUUGGAGGAAUAUUCGUGGCUGGAUUUCAAGCUUGUAGCUCUACCUCCGAGAUCGGCGCGCCUCACCGGGGUGUACGUAUGACGAUACCGUUGGGGGGAAGCUUACGUUAAGCGUCCGAAAGAGCGGAAUUUUGCCGCUCGAUCCGCGAAACGGGUAAAUUGUGCAAUUCACGAACCAAGUCGUAAGAAUGACGUUGGCGAUCAGCAGCAAGAUCGCAAUACUCAAGUUGAUUACGAUUAGAGCUUUGGUGGCCGCGAGCACAGGGAUGCUCAGUCAUCGGCAAACGCGGCAAUCAAUUCAUGUGCACGUUGUUGGGCGCUAAACCAGUAGCGUCUCGAACCGAAUUGCUGUAGGCGACUCAACGUGCGGCAGAUGAGUGUUCUAAUCUGCAUCUCGUUGACGACCCUAGCUAACAUUUGAGCCAUAUUAUUGUGAUUGACACGCUCCACUUGCUAUUAGGGUGGUAAGAGCUAGUGUAGCGACUUUGCGAAUAGCAAGACGGGCGUACACAGCCUGCGACAGCUUAGGACAGAACUGGGAGCCUCUGUCAGACAGGAGACUCAAAUGUGCAACCCCACGAAGGGAUAUGCCGGUUACC